CAAAUUCCAGCUGAGUUCACAAAAAGGAGGAACGUUUCAAGAAACAUUGUGUUGAUGAUUCAGUGCCACCCCAGCCAUGGACAUUUUAAGCAUAAUCUGUCUGCUUUUCUGCUUGGGAAGAUGUUGGGGACUGCAGCAAAUAUAUGUUGUCUCAGCUCCUGAAACAUUUUGUGUUGGAGCUUCCGAAAAUGUGGUGAUUCAAGCUUACGGAUACACACAGUCAUUUGCUGUGACCAUUGCUAUUAAAAGUUAUCCUGACAGAAGCUUUGCAUACACUUCUGACCAAGUUCAUUUAUCUCCAGAAAAUGAAUUCCAAACCUCUGCAAAUUUAACUAUACUACCAGAAGACUUGCCUGGAGGGCCAAAUGCAGUUGAAUAUGUGUAUUUAGAAGUUCUGUCUGUCUAUUUUUCAAAGGCAACAAAAAUCCCACUCCGCUAUGACAAUGGAUAUCUUUUUAUCCAGACAGACAGACCUGUUUAUGAUUCUGAUCAGUCAGGUAUAAUAAAAGGGAAAAUGGGAUUUUGUGAUGACUGUUUUUCAGGACAACUGGCUUAGUUUGGGGGGGAA